UUGUACUUUACUGAUGUGAUUCUUACCGUGAAGGUUUAAGCUAGGUCGAUGUCCCAGAACUUACUAUGGCACCGGGACCCGCGACACCGCACGGCGGUCGGCCCGGCCCUGCCGUCGAUGCCCGAUGUGGAUUCACCGCUUCCACCGUUGCCGUCCUCCGUCUAAGUGCAUCGUACACGUCCUGGUAUGCCAAAGCUAAACUUCAAUAUCGAUGAAGCGUCACUCCUGAAAGCGUACAAGAUCUCGACACUGAAUCCCACGCAAUGGGAAGAGGUCGACCACGAUUUGGGUGACUCCGUGGCAGGAGCCCUCACCGGAAGCAGUGAUGGUGAGGGAGAUCCUUUGGGAAUUGGGUCAAUUGUCGACGUGCAGGACAUGGACAUGGAAUCCAAGGCGUCUGUUCUAAUUAGUUCCAAGUCAUUCGACCCUAAAGCCUUUCUCUCGGUGGUGCACCCCAACGCGACUUACCAGGACCUUGCCUCUGGAAUAUCUCACCUUCAGGCGUCUAUCGACGCCCGCUCAGAGGCCAUCCGCAUUCUCGUCGAGGAUAACUUUGACCGAUUUGUGGCAGUGAAGGCUUCCACCGAUGCUUUGUAUGCUGAAAUGAAGGAAGGUCUAUUGGCCGAGUCCACGGAAUAUGCUUCUAAGCCGCUUCGGGAUCAGCUAAAGCAGGCUGCGGUGAAGGCCAAUCAAGUUUUCCUCCCUGUACUUGAAAAUGCGUCAAAAGCCCAGAAGCUCCGGACAACACUGGGCGUUUUCGAGCGAUCCAAAUUUUUCUUCAAUCUCCCCAGCUUUAUAAUCGAGUCAAUCGAGGCGGGGCGUUACGAUGUCGCAAUUCGGGACUACAAGAAAGGAAAAACCCUGCUGGAGACCCGUCCUGGUCAGCUUCUUCCAAUUGGCGCUACGAAAGAUGGGCAGACAUCUGCACUGGCGGAGCAACAACAAAAACGGAUUCUUGACAAGGUCUGGGCUAGUGUAGAGAGAGCCAUAGGGGAGAUGAGAAAUGUCCUACUAUCACAAUUACAGGACCCGAGCCGAAGCACUGAAGAGCAUGAAAAGACGAUUGAACUACUUUUAGAUCUUCCAACAAACGAGGAUCCCGCCUGGACGUAUUUCGAUAGCCAGCACAAGUAUAUCAUCUCCCAGAUGAACAAGACGCAUCGAGCGUCCCUUGCUGCGGUUAACGCUGCACUAGAAAAAACGGCUACCGAUCCAGACGGUCCUGAAACACUCACAAGUGUCAUUAUUUCUCAGCUGCAGGCAUCAUUGGCGGCCCUAGAAGCCAAGCAACCUGAGGCCGUUGUCGCAGAGUCCGCUGGAGAACCCGUAUGGCAAGCUAUCAUGGACCUGGCUAAGAAUCUAUCAGAAGUGAUGAUGGCAUCCCUCCCCAAUUUUUGGAAGAUUUCAUCCAGUUUCACGGAGGGUAAAUUUAAGAAGGUUCAAACCCCAACCGGAACCAGGCGGAGUCCAACACAGUGCAGGACCAUGGCUCUGGAUAUCAUCAAGUUAUAUAUUUCCUUAAUUUCAGAAUUCUUCACCCUGUCGGACAUGGCGGUGAUGUCCUCUCCAGGGGGAACAAAUAACGUCCUGCCACCUCUCGUUCCCUCCAAUUCAAGUUCAUUAUCAACUGCACAUUACCUGAUGAAGAUUCUUGGUGAGAUCCAGGACACAGUGAACGAACUCAAUGCAAUGGAAAUAUCCGCCGAAGCUACGGCGAGUUUGAAGAGUUUCCUGGAGACCGCUCGUUGGCGUUUCGAGGACAUACUGGUUAAUGCGUGGACGAGAGAUGCCCAACUUUUCUAUCAUCUGGAGACAUGGACGGCCAAUCCUACAGACCCCUCGGCGACCCUGUACCUUACGCAGAUGGAGAUGUUCCAACGACAUGUCACCACCGCCGCAUAUAAAUUGGCCGGGGGUGUUGACUUGUCGUCGGUGUCUCUAACAAAGCCGACAAAACAGAAUCCCAUCACGGCGGCGUUUGUGACGAAGAUUACAAGAACAUUUAUAGACGUGUUGUAUUCGUUCCUUAAUGGCAUGGUGCAACUCGUCUCCGAUGGGAUGCCUAAUGCUCGCGGAAAGCGGCAGUUCCCCAACUCCGAAUUAGACCUGGUCAAUCCCAUUGAGUUAUUGGACCUGUCGAAUAGUGACGUUCGCUUGCUGUUGGUGUUGUCAAACUUCAGUCAUCUGUCGACAGUAAUUGUACCUAGCAUGAUUACGCAACUUGAAAACGCGUUUGGAAUCAGCAUUACCGAGGAUCGGCAGACUUUAAUGACGUCCGUUCUAGACCUCGACAAGAAAUUGUUUGAGAGCUAUGCGCAAUCGAAAGCGACAAUUGUGAAGAAUCUCGUUCGCAGCGGCAUUUUGGACAGUGGUAUGGACUGGUAUGAGACGCCUCAGCCAACCGAGAUUCGGCAGUACAUGUACAAGACGAUGGUGUACCUCGUUGGUAUACAUGCACAGAUCAGUAGUACGGCCGACACGCUGUUGGAACGGACGAUGAAUUAUCUUGUCGAUGAAUUAGCCGAUGAAGCGCUACGGUGCUUCCGACAAGUCAAACGGUUUGGAAUGGGUGGCAUGCUGCGAGCCACUCUCGAGAUUGAGUAUAUGCACCAAACAUUACUCAAGUAUGUGACAGACUCUGCAGAUGCGGCGUUAUCAGAGCUGUACAACAACAUAUCCCACGCUUACGCUCGACGUCCUGGGGAUGAAAAUUUGCAGAGCAAUCUGGAUCGUGUAAAAAAGACAUUGGCAGAUGCACGUCGGGCGACCGGUAUCGAGUUCCUUUGCUUCAGAAAGACGACGAACCGGUCGGCGGGCUCUGCCACGCAUGCUAGACCACCUAGGGAGCGAGAUCCGUCUCGAGGUGCGCGGCAAUAGUGUGUGCGCAUGGUGCGUCGAUUGAAUUGUAGCUGUAAGUUAUUCAUAGAAUACCAUGUAAGUUUGUAAAUACCGUAGUUUGUAAUACAUUUUAGAGCCAAACAUGUGGAUAGUAUGAAAAUACGAAUACC